AUGAGGCUCGUCGCCUGCGCCCUGCUGCCGUGCGCCGCGGCCCUGGGGUUGUGUCUGGUUGACCCUGAGAAAACUGUGAAAUGGUGUGCUGUGUCAGAUCACGAGGCCAUGAAGUGCUCCAGCUUCCGUGACAGCAUGAAAAAAGUCCUUCCGGAGGGUCCCCUUGUCAGCUGUGUGAAGAGAGCCUCUUAUCUUGAGUGCAUCAAAGCCAUCACGGCAAACGAAGCGGAUGCUGUGACUGUUGGUGGAGAUUUGGUGUUUGAGGCGGGCCUGGACCCCUAUAAUCUGAAGCCCACUGUGGCAGAAUUCUAUGGCUCAAAAGAUGAUCCACAAACCCGCCAUUACAUCGUUGCCAUGGUGAAGAAGGGCACCAGCUUCCAGCUGAGCCAGCUCCAAGGCAAGAAGGCCUGCCACCUGGGCCUGGGCCGGUCUGCCAGGUGGAACAUCCCUGUCGGGAUGCUGCGUCCCUCUGGCUCUCUUGAAGCAGUGGCUGAGUUCUUCUCCAGCAGCUGCGUCCCCUGUGCAGACGGACAGAAGUUUCCCAGCCUGUGUCAGCUGUGUGCUGGGGAAGGGACAGACAAGUGUGCCUGCUCCUCCCGUGAGCCAUACUUUGGCGAUGCAGGCGCCUUCAGGUGUCUGGCAGAUGGCGUGGGGGAUGUCUGCUUCACAAAGCACACGGCGGUGUUUGAGCACCUGACACAGAAGGCCAGCAGGGACCAGUAUGAGCUGCUCUGCCCGGACAACACCCGGAAGCCGGUUGAUGCAUACAAGGACUGCCACUUGGCCCGGGUCCCUUCCCACGCUGUCAUGGCCCGGAGCAUGGGAGGCAAGGAGGACUUGAUCUGGGAGCUUCUCAGCCGGGCCCAGGAGCAUUUUGGAAAAGACAAAUCAACAGAAUUCCAGCUCUUUGGCUCUCCUCAUGGGGAAGAUCUGCUGUUCACCGAUGCUGCUCAGGGAUUCUUAAGGGUCCCCCCCAAGAUGGACACCAAGCUAUACCUGGGAUAUGAGUAUUUUUCUGCUCUUCAGCAUCUAAAGAGAGUUGUGGAAGACUCCCAGAGGGUGCAGUGGUGCACCGUGGGCCGCCACGAGAAGGCCAAGUGUGAUGAGUGGAGUGUGCUGAGCGGUGGCGCCUUGGAGUGCACCACGGAGAAGACCCCUGAGGACUGCAUCGCCGCCAUCACGAAAGGAGACGCUGAUGCCAUGAGCUUGGAUGCAGGAUUUCUCUACGUGGCGGGCAAGUGUGGGCUGGUGCCUGUACUGGCAGAGCAAUACAACCCUCAACUUGACCUGUGUGUAAAUACCCCCUUAGAAGGUGAGUCAGAACCAGUGACACUGGGGCUCAGAG